AUGGCAAUCGCAAAAUAUAAUGUGACUACUGACAACAGGCUGGUGAAUCUGAUUUGGGUCGACGGAUCUAGCAGAGUCGAUUACCAAUACUUUGGCGAUGUGUUGGCGUUUGAUUUAACCUACAGGAAAAAUAAAUACAAGAGACCUGUUGUGAUUUUCUCUGGAUCAAACAAUCAUAAGCAGACCACCAUAUUCGGGUUUGGGUUGUUGCAUGACGAAAGUCUAGCAUCCUAUCGGUGGAUGCUGGAGAAUUUGAUGGAGAUCAUGUGUCGCAAAAAGCCAUCUGUAGUGGUUACCGAUGGGGACAAAGCUAUGAUAAAAGCUGUGUCUGAAGUCCUCCCCGAGUUGAUGCAUCAGUUGUGUGCAUGGCAUGUGGAGAAGAAUGUCACAUCGAAUGUCAAGGAUGAUGAUUUACGUGGGCUGUUCAUAAGGUGGUUGUACGUGGACAUGACGACAGAUGUAUUUGAGUCGGAAUGGGAGCAGGCUGCCGAGGACUAUGGCCUCUGCCAGAAGCAGUGGUGGUGCCAGAUGUAUGAGAAAAAGGAGAUGUGGGCAAGUGCUUAUCUCCGUGACAAGUUCUGCGCGGGGUACCGGACCACAUCCCGCUGUGAAGGAAUUAACGCAUAUGUGAACAAGUUUUCCAAAUCCACCCACACAAUUUUGGAGCUGGUGCAAUGCUUAGAUAUGGUUGCCCGUGAAUAUCGAAAUAAGGAAAUGCUUCUCCAGUUUAAAUCCAUAAACUCGGUUCCGGUCAUGACAACAUGCCUCAGAAGUCUUGAACGACAUGCCGCUUCAGUGUACACCAGAGAAGUUUUUGGUGAUGUUAGGAAGGAGAUCGAAGAGGUUGGUGCGUUGAUCCUGAUUAGCACAAAGAGGAUCAUGAAUACAAUGAUAUACACCUUAGAGGAGUAUAAAGAUCCUGAUGUCCACAUAAUGUCCUCAUUUGGACAGUCAACCCGAAAGUUAAGUUACCAGUGUAAUUUCUGGAAGAAGCAGGGUUAUCCCUGCAAGCAUAUGUUCUUCGUCAUAAAGGCAGAGCACCUAAAGGAGAUACCCGAGGAGAUAGUUCUGCGUAGGUGGAGAACUGAUGCAAAGUCUGUUGAACAGUACAUAGAAAAUUGGGGGGACUAUAGCGAGCGUGGUGUCAUAAUGCGUCAUGGGGCACUCCAUUCUGCCUCGCAAUGGUUGUUUUUCCUAGGGGCACAAAGGUUGUCCAUGUUCCAAAAGACUAUGCGUGGAAUUGAAAGUUUGUGUAAAGAGCUGGAGAUGGACUGUAGGGCAUUUGGUAGUAGCAUGCGACGGAACGAAGAAAAGGUUGGUGAAGGCAAUCCGAUGGUAAGAGAUCCUGUUGUUGCUAAGGCAAAGGGUGCCCCAAAACUUCCAACGAAAAAGCAUCUUGGUAAAAGGAGGCGUUGCACCUGCUGUAAGGGAAUUGGACACAAUAAGAGAAACUGCCCAGAGAAGGGUGACAAUAGACAAAAUCCCAAUCAGGCCGACGAAUGUGGGGGAAUUAAUGGUCCCGGCUUAAUGUCCAACGAUGACUAG